AUGAAUAAACUCUCAUACCGGGUCAUUUUACAUGGCCCUAUGAGCUGGAAGACAUCGCAACAUUUGCCUGAUUCGAUAAAUGGCACACCUUAUUUGGUAAUAUUCGAGCCUGUUAGCUCUAUGGUUAUUGUAUCACAAGGAACACUCCUAAUUCCACACAUUCCCGUUUAUAUGAACAAAAUCAACUCUCAAAUCUUAUCGGUUUUCGUCUUUAAUGAUGCUUCUUUAGCCAAGCAGUUGGUUUCUGAACUGUAUAACUACUCGGAUAAAAACAUUAAUACAUUUGAUAUUUACAAAAAUGAGAAGGUGGUCAGUCUUCUUUCAAAAUCAUUAUCUUCUUUUCAUCUUCCACUGGAGGUUGUUGUAAAAAGAGUUGAUUACAGCAGUGUUAACAGGCAAUCCACUGCAGUUUCGAACACAUUUUCCAAUUUAAAUCAGAGGUUUGGUGUCGAUCCUACAUCUAAUAUGAACAUGAGGAUAUCAAACACAGUGACUAAUAACAUUCUCAACUAUAAUUUUGAUUCUGAGAAUAAAAUGUAUAAAGAUGAGCCUAAGAGCGUUAAAAAUUCCUACGACAAUCUGGAUUCUUACAAUUUGAGAGUUGGCCUCGAGGAAGGUUUUUAUAUGGUUACAACAUCAACGGAUUUGAUGAAAAAAUUAUUUCAAUGUCUUGAAAGAAAGGGACCGAGAGUAAAUAGGCUUUCUCUAAAUUUUUAUAAAAUAAGGAAGGAUGAUCCGAGGGAUAAGUCCAACCUUCAUGCCAACACAAUGGCAAACAAUGUUGGUUUGAGUACUUCCAAAAUCUCGCUUAAUAGGAAUAAUACUAGCAUUUGUUACAAAAAUGGAUUGAAAAAUGAUGUUGAAUUUAAUAAAAACAUCAAAAUCGAUGCAAAAAACCUCGGCCAAGUUGGUCAUUUAUCCAAUGACUAUAAGUUGUCUAAAAACCCAGGAUUUUACACACCUGGAUUUGUAAGCACUCCUCUCUUUAACAACGGAAAUGUUUAUAAGAAUAACACAAGCAACAUGUCCAAAACCUGCGAUGAUGCAGCUAAACCAUGUUUAUCAACGAUUCUUAGAUCAUUAACUGCUGCCAUUGACAAGAACACCGAGGCUCUGAAUCUUAAUGGAAGCAUUAAAGGAUCUAACAAGUGUUCACAUAAUACAGAUGGCGAUGUUGAUAAUGUGUUCAAAUCAGUGUUGAAAGACACUAAGCAGAGUGUAGGUCAAUCAUUUAAUGGACAUGGGCUUGUAAGCAUGUCAACAUCAGAAUUCUUUGGGUAUUCGUCUCCCACAUCCAACUGCAAUUCAAAUAAUCUUAAUAUGAGGAAUUUUAGUUUGUUGAGCGACUCUUCUCCUGAUUCACAACUUGGUAAGCUUAAAACGACUGAUUUCACUGACCUCAAGUUGGACGAUUUUCAUCUUAAACCUUUCAAUGAGAGCGAAAAUUCCGAUUUAAACCAGAUUAUUCAGUCUAAGACAAAUGAUGGUGAAGUUAAACACGUUGAUACUACCACCGAUCAAACAAAUUAUGAUGGUUUUGUUCAAAACUAUAUCCAUGUGUUGGAAAAAUUAAACGAAGUUGAGAGCCUAUACGAUUUAGAUGAUAUAAAGAAGAAGUUCACGGAACAACAAAAUAAAAAGAAACUCGAAAGCUCGUAUAACCUUAAUUUGGACAAUGCCACUUCUGAGAAUGUAAAUGUACAAGAAGAUAGUCCUAAUGUUAAGGUGUCAUCUAGAACAGAAGAAAAGGGCGAUGAUGCAAGUGUAUAUUCUGAUAGUUUGAGUAAUUUCACUGAAGAUUCGGCCGAUAACUUGACACAUAACGAGUAUCCUGAUAUCAAAAGUGUUAAGAAUCUUGAAUUUGAUAAUCAGAAUACUAACACUAAUGAAAAAAAUACAACCUUUAGAGACGAUGAGGAGUGUAAGAGUGACAUAGAUUCAAACUUUGACAAAUUGUCAACUAAGUCGGACCUUAACGUGCUAAUGGACGAAUUUAACCAACUCUCUACAAAGAAUGAACUUCUGUCAAGAGAUAACUCUAAAUACAGAACUAAAAUACUUAGACUCAAGGAUAAGAUUAAAAACAUUAAGUCGCUACAUAAGUACGAGUUGGAGGACGUGAUGAACACAAACUACUCAAAUGAGGAGAAGCUGAGGUCUGCAAUUAACGACAACAACGUGACCAUAAAGAUGAUGGAGCAGGAAAGACUAAAAUUGACUGAAAUGGUGGAACAACAUAAAAUGAUAAUAAAGAGGCUGAGUAGGGAGAAGUUGGAGACUGUGCAACAACUCACAAGGCUUGAAGAAGACUAUAAUAAGUUGCAAAUGGUGAGGGAGAUGGACAAGAAUGAAAAGUAUGCAUACAACAAAACCAAGUUGGAGCUUGAGCAGCUAAAGUCGGAUAACGAGGUGUUAAACAAUAAGCUAAGGACUGCAAAUGAGAAGAUAUUAAAGAUGCAGCACGAUGAUAAGGUAAACAACGAUAUUGUCUCACAGUUGAAGGAGAAGCUUAAGAGAAUCGAGGAAGAUAAAGUGAAGACCGAUCAACUACUGAAUGAAAACAGAGUACUUAAAUCGAAGGAAGUUCAGAUGAAGGAUAAAUUCGAGCUCAUGAAAAGAGACCAUGUGAACCUAAGGAGCGAGUUUAACACCGAAAAGUCGAAUAAUUUAAGACUUAUCCAGCACAAUGAGGAGCUUAAGGACGAAUUGAGGAGAGUGAAGGCGACCCUGAGUGAAUAUGAAUCGAGGGACGACAAGUUGGAGUCUAAAUUGUCGAUGCUGGAGAGCAAUAACACAGUAUUGCUCAAAAACCUGGAGGCCUCUAAAAAUGAAAUUAAUAAUCUGAAACUACUUUUAGAUAACGCGAAUAAGGACAAACUGAAGGUAGAAAAUAAGUAUCUUCAGCUGCAAUCGAGUGUUGAGAAGGUCGAGUACAUGAACAACUCACUGUCGACGGAGCUCGUUGAGGCGAAGAAGCUGGUAGAAUUGAAGAAUAACGAGGGGGCACGCCUAGUCUCUCUUGUAACUGAAAAGGAAAAUGAGCUGGUCCUUUGGAAAAACCAGGCAAACGCGUCGAAGGAAGCCCACGCACAACUGCAGAGAGAACACAGUUACUUGCGGGCAUCAUAUGAAGCAGUUGAGUCAUCAUACAGGAAGUUUCAGCAGUAUGAGGAGGGCUUGAGGAGCCAGUUACAGGUGAAGGCUGAGCAGAACCAGGAGCUCUUGAGGCAAUUGCGAGAGUUUCAAGUCUGCAUGGACACUUUCAAGUCAGAUACGGAUCUGAAAUCCAGUAGGCAGCAGGAGUUGUACUCAAAAUUAGCUGCAAGAUUCUUCCUUUUGGCUUCCAAAUACGACAAGCUGAAAAAAGAUAACGCACUCAAUAAAAUUAAGCUAGUAAUGAUGGAACACAAAAACAACUCAAUGUUAAUAAGGAGGCUCAUUAGAACCGUUCUUCUUUCCAAGGCUAAGAUCGCUAAGCGCAACUGUCAAAUACUGAGCAUUGUUGGAGCCUUGCAGAUGAAGGGCCCUACCACUUGCUCUAUGAUUAUUUCCAGGAUAAACACACUGGUGGCAGUUACUGCUGAAAGCAAUUCGAAGUCACAAGACAAAAUCGCACAACUCAAAACUUCGUUCAUGAAGCACUCUCUCGAAAAGGACCAGAUGAUUAAGGUUCUGCAGACUAAGUUGGUUUCCAUGGACCAGUUGAAGGAGAACCAGCAGUUUCUGCUUGAGGAGAACCGGAACCUGUCCGACCAGAUAAUGGCUGAGCAGAACAACUCGCAGAAGCUGCAGCAGGCGCUGAACGAGCAGAUUGAGCGCGAAAGGUUCGCCUUUGAGUCAGAGUCCAAGUCGCUGUACAGCAGGCAGUACCAGCUACUCAGGCACAACGAGCAGCUUUCCAAGGAGAACCACAGCCUCAAGGAGUCGCUUAACACCCUGCUGCAGUCCAGCAAGGUCGACGUCGAGCCUGACUUCUCCUUCAACCCCGGCCAUGACCCUAACCCUAGCAUUUUCGACGUUAAAUACGAGCGCGUCAAGAGCAUUUACGACUCCGUGCCCUACGACUCGAGUAAGCAGCCUCACUAUGUGAACUACUUCAACUCUCCGACUGUGCUAAGGCGUAAAUCAGAGCUCGAGGAGGUGCUUUCUUCUAAGACUCGAGAUCGCUACCCUCGGAUGGUUUAUCACAGGGUGUAA